CUCGAGUUGUGGUAGUGACGGCACGCGACUACUGUCAACGCUCGCUUAUACGUUUAAAGUGUGUGUUUUUUUUUGUUUGAUUUUUCUUAGUUGUUUUUGUUUUGGCAAAAGUUGAAAUCUGCAAUUCAAAACUAAAUAAAUUAUUGAUAAUCAAAGACUUGAAGAAAAAGAAAAAAAAGCAACAACUCAAGAAUUUUACAAGAAAUCUGUGGUGGCUGUAUAAAAAUAUAAAUAAAUGCAAAUACAGUAAAUGCAAACAAAGAAUAAUUAUAAGUGUUUUUUAAAAAUAAAAAAUAAAUAAAACAAGGAAAGAAUACAAUGCAAUUUUAAACUCCUUGAAAGAUAAAAAAUAAUAUAAAGUGAUAAAAUAGACAUUAUAUCGAGUAUCAAGAAUGUUCCUUGAAGUUAAAUAAGACAAAUGUUUUUACAAGAGAACUAAUUUAAUAAUAAAAUCAAUUUAAACAAAAAAAUAAACAAUUGGCAACAAUAAUAACAAAACUACAAUUAUAAAAGUUCAGCUGAAUGGUUGGUUCCCUCCCUACAAAAACAUCAUCACAUCAACAUCAUUAUAACAGUCAUCCAUCGACAGGCAGCGUCUAUCGUUUCAUAAUUUUUAUUAUCAAUUGUAAAAACUGAAAAUACUACAAAUAAUGAUUGUGGACAAGAAGAGCAUGCAGGCAGCACUGGCAGAAGAUUUCAAUCAAAUCAAUUUAAAUAACAUAAAUUUAAAUAUUACAACAACAAAUACAGCAACAACAACAAUGUCGAACACUGAGCCACAAAUAGACUUAGCUACAACAACCGCAUCCACAACCACAACAACACCAACAGCAAUAGUGCAACAUACACAACACAAACAAACCAAGUCCAUGGCUCAAUCACCUCUCAAUAAAAGGCGUCACACUGCCUUGCCACAUUCACUGAUUAUGAAUCAACAGCAACAACAACACCAUACCCAACACCACCACCACCAUCAGUCACAAAAACAGACCCUAGAGGAACUGAACGAUUUUGAUGUACUGGAAUAUAAACCGAUUUUAAGAAAAUCUCUGUCAACGCCCACCUUUAAUGCUUUAGAAGCACCCCAACAACAUCCCCUAAAAAGUGAAGUUACAAUAAUUACCAAUCAUAAUCAUCAUCACCAGCAGCAGCAGCAACAUCAUCAUGAGCAACAGCAAGAACAUCAUCAUCACCUUUGUCAAGUCCAUACAAAAAACAUGAUUAAUUCAUGUAAAAAUAAAUCAACGAUUUUAAAUAAUAAUUGCAACACCUUAUCAGCAACAACAGCAACAACUACAGCAUCGAAUAUCACAACAACAACAAUAGCUACUAAUUCUAAUUCUUCCUCAUCAUCAGAUACAACAACAACAUCAUCAUUAAAUCAACGCUUGGGUUGUGCUCAUUAUAAACGUCGAGCUAUGUUUGUGACACCUUGCUGCAACAAAUUCUACAAAUGUCGCUUUUGUCAUGAUGAAAAUGAAUCUCAUCAUUUCGAUCGCAAAACCCUCACAGAACUGAUAUGCUCGGAGUGUAAUACAAGGCAACAAGUACAAGAACGUUGUCAAACCUGUGGCAUACGUUUUGGAAAGUACACCUGUCUCAUUUGUAAUCUCUUCGAUGAUUCGAAUAAACGCCAAUAUCACUGUGAUCAGUGCGGCAUUUGUCGCAUUGGUGGCCGGGAAAAUUUCUUUCACUGUAAAGUCUGCAACAUGUGUUUACCCAUACAAUUGAAAAUUGAUGGCCACCGGUGCGUUGAAAAUAUAUCACGUUCCCACUGUCCAGUGUGUCUCGGCGACAUACAUACCUCACGCAUUCCAUGUCACAUUCCCGAUUGCGGCCAUCUGCUGCAUAAAAUGUGCUUUGAUCAGCUAUUAACCUCAGGCCAUUAUACAUGUCCCACCUGUCAAACCUCACUGAUAGACAUGACAGCACUGUGGGAGUAUUUGGAUGCUCAGGCUGAACUGAUGCCCAUACCUAAGAAAUAUGAAAAUCAAAGAAUACAUAUAUUUUGCAAUGAUUGUCAUAAGACUUCCAAAACAAAAUUCCAUUUUAUUGGUUUGAAAUGUUUAAACUGUGGCGCUUACAAUACCACUCAGGAUGUUAAGAGACGCAUGUCUCUGGUAACAGAUGAACCCACGUCCGCAUGACAUUUGGUGUUUUCCAAAGCUUCUGUACUAAAGACGUCUACAAUGCAUAAAUUGAAAAACUUAAUAUUUAGUUUAUUCGAAAAUAUGUUUUAAUUUUCUACAGGACUUGCCACUUUUUUUU